UUCAAGCAAACCAUAUCCUCUUUUAAACAAAUGGAGGCAAAGAUUGAAACGAAACAAUCAAAAUUCAAAAGGAUCUGUGUGUUUUGUGGCAGUAGCCCCGGAAAGAAGAGCAGUUACAGAGAAGCUGCUAUUGAGCUCGGCAGGGAAUUGGUUGCAAGGAAUAUUGAUCUGGUGUAUGGAGGUCGCAGUAUUGGACUAAUGGGUUUGAUUUCUCAAGCAGUCUUUGAUGGUGGUCGACAUGUCAUUGGAGUGAUUCCCAAGACACUCAUGCCUAGAGAGAUAACCGGAGAGACAUUGGGUGAAGUUAAGGCAGUUUCAGACAUGCACCAAAGGAAGGCAGAGAUGGCUAGACAAUCGGAUGCCUUCAUUGCCUUACCUGGUGGGUAUGGAACUCUUGAAGAACUUCUAGAAGUAAUAACAUGGGCUCAACUUGGAAUCCAUGAUAAACCAGUGGGAUUGUUGAAUGUGGAUGGAUAUUACAAUUCAUUGUUGUUGUUCAUUGACAAAGCAGUGGAAGAGGGUUUCAUCUCUCCUAAUGCACGCCAUAUCCUUGUAUCUGCGUCCACUCCCCAACACUUGGUCAAAUCCAUGGAGGAGUAUGAACCACAACAUGAAAAAGUGGCAUCAAAACUAAAUUGGGAGAUGGAACAAUUGACAAAAUAUGAAAUCUCAAUGUGAGAGACAUGCAGAGUCGCAACAAUUAAUUUUAGGGGAUCAACAAAUGUUCCUUAAAUGGGAUUGUUUUAGUUUAGUUUUC